GUGAGAGGGAGAGGAAGCGGCUGGUGUCUUCCGUCAGUUGAGCUGCGGGGAGAACCGGGAACCUGAGUGCGCAGCGCGCGCCGACCCCCGGAAACUCGAGGUGGAAGCCGCUUUGCGCGCAUGCGCUUCAAAAACGUUUUUCCGCUUCCUCACCCAUGAUCUCCGCUCAAGAAUUUCUCUUUUAAGGGGUUGCUAAGCAACGGCGGAUUGGGGGGGUGCUACGACGAAGCCCUGCUGGUGUUGACAUGCACGGAGGGAGCUGAGCGCCUGUGCUGACUUACCGGGAGGGCGUGGGUGGAGAUCUGGUGGUGGGAGCCUCCGUGUGGCCCAGUUCGGGAUGAGCCUCUUGCUGCCCAAGCUUACUUCUAAAAAAGAAGUGGACCAGGCAAUCAAAAGUACUGCAGAAAAGGUUCUGGUUCUCAGGUUUGGGAGAGAUGAGGACCCUGUCUGUCUACAAAUAGAUGACAUCCUUUCUAAGACUUAUCAUGACUUAAGUAAAAUGGCUAUGAUAUAUCUGGUAGAUGUGGACCAAACACCAAUUUAUACCCAGUAUUUUGACAUCAGUUACAUUCCAUCAACUGUCUUUUUCUUCAAUGGGCAGCAUAUGAAAGUAGAUUAUGGGUCUCCAGAUCACACAAAGUUUGUGGGAAGUUUCAAAACUAAACAGGAUUUCAUAGAUUUAGUUGAAGUAAUCUAUCGAGGAGCAAUGCGGGGAAAACUUAUUGUGCAAAGUCCAAUUGAUCCCAAGAACAUUCCUAAAUAUGACCUUCUUUAUCAAGGCAUUUAAAACAUCAACUUGAACUGAAAUUGAAAAGAGAAAUGCAGUUGAAACUAUAUAUAUAGCCAAAUAAGCUAUUGUUACAUGAUCAUCCUGUUUUACUGAAGAGAUCAUACACCAGAGAGAAGAGGUUUGAAUUUUACAUCAAAUUCUAAAAUGGUGUCAGACAAUUGAUUAUGAGAUAUAUUGAAAUUUGUUGAUAUUUGAGGAUAUCUUGGACCCUAAUUUUCUACUAUCUAUACACAUUUGGCAAAUUGUGCUAAAUACUUUCAGUCUUGGAAUCAGGCUUAAUUUCUAAUCCCACCCCUCUUCUACCAACUUGCUCUUUCUCUCUCAGUAGACCCCAUUUAUCUUUUUCCCCAAAUGAAUGUAGGUUAUUCUUUAACAUGGAGCUAAUUAAUACCAGAUUGAAUUAUGCUUAUUAUUAUGCUUAUUAUAUCAAGGAUGAAAACAGUAAAUGGCUUUCUCCUCCUCUGUAGUUCUUGGCCUCCCCCCCUUUUUUUUAAGUAGCUAAUGAAACUAGACUCCUAUAGUUGCUUCCAUCUCAUCCUAUCUUCUAGUCUUACCUGGGAGGAUAAGGGGAAAAAAGAGAAGAUGAGGUUCAGUGAUAGGCAAGUUUUGUUCUAGAACCUUUUGAGUAUUUUAAUAGCUUGAAAACAUUAUGAAUUUAUGCAAUAGUGCUCUUGUUUCAAGCAUAAAGUAGCAAUUAUUAUUUGUACUUGUCUGGAUGAAAAGUGGUUCUUAGGAUAGCUCAGACUCCCACUGUUCUGUACCUCAUCUGAUUCAAGCCCAAGCUUGAAACUUUCAUAGAAUGUGUCUCCCCAAGUAGCCCAAAGAAGGAAACCUAAGAAGCUGAAUUAGAUUAGUAAUAGCAUUGGAUAAUUCACUCUAUUGACUUCUAGUCUUCUGGAAUUUCCUAUUCUUCCAAGGCUUCAGUAAUAAUACCAUCUAAAGAAAAACCAUCCCCCCAUUUAUUUAUACAAGGUUCAUUACUCUAGUCACAUUUUUCUUGAGGAUUUUUGGGAAUGCAUCUUUGGAGUACUAAUUUCCACAAAUCGUUCUUUCUUAAUUGUGUGCUUCUUAGGGGAAAAGGGACUGGACCUGUGAUUUCACUGGUUAAUGAAACUCCAAAAUAAGGAAAUUCCCUCUCCCAGUGCAGGUGUCACUUUCUCUGCCCUCAUGUUCUUCAAGUGUUGCCUGGAAGAUUGAAAAUUUAAAUGACUCAGAGCCACACAACCAGUGUGCAUAAGAGUUGAUUUUCAAAUUCUGAUCUUCCUUGUUCCAAGACCACUUCUAUUGUGCCUCCUGUCUAAAUAGAGUAAAUCUGUAAUAUUAUCUUUCUGUAUACUGAAUGGAUGCUAGCCAAUAAAAUAAAGUAAUUAUUUUUUGCUGGCUAUAUUAUUCCCUAAGUUCUUGAAACUUAUUAACUGAUGUGAAAAUAUCAGAUAAACAUACAUACAUAUAUCUACAUAUAUGUGUGUGUACAUAUACAUAUAUGUGUACAUAUGUACAUAUACGUUUAUAUAUAAGUGUAUGUAUGUGUGUGUGUGUAUAUAUGUAUAUAUAUACACACACACAAAGGGAAUUUAAUAAGGAAACAAAAUGGGCCUUGGUAGAGACUAAAUAAUGAUUUAUGGUAGGAAAUUAUAUUUGAAAAAGAAGGGUAUAAUUUGAAGGAGGCAGUAGGAUUGAACAGGUAGUGCUGUUGUGCUGUCCAUUACCUAAAUACUAAGAGAGAGAGAGAAAUAAGAACUUUCUGAAAGAAAGUUAUGAGAUUUUUUUCUCUUCUUCCAACCUAUUUGGAGUGUAAGAGAACUUGGAUCAGUAUCAAAUUGUUAGGUUAUAAAAUGAAACUUUAAAAAUAUAUAUUUAUAAUAUUUUUAUUUAUAAAUAUAUUUAUUUGUACUUAUAUGUAAAUAAAUAAAAUAUUAAUAAAAUUAUUUUUAAAAUUGUCAUAGCUCUUUCCCCUACAUUACCAAACUCGUAGAAGAAGUUGUCUACAUUCAUCAUCUAUUCUUCCUCACAUUUUAUUCACUUCUCAAGCCUGUGUAAUGGAGCUUUCUAAUCCAUCAUUUGACUGAAACUAUUAUCUCAGGGUUGCCAGUGGGUCAGCAAACAUUUGUUAAGCAUUUAUUCCAUGCUGGUGAUCUCUUUAAUUGCUACAUCCAGUGGCUUUCUCUUAAUCCUUAUCCUGCUUGACUGGAACAUUUAAUAUUUUCUACCAUCUCCAUCUUUCUCUCUUCCUUGGAGUUUUGUGACAUUGCUCACUUCCUGAUUCUCUUCCCACCUAUCUGAUAAGUUGUUUGCUAGAACAUCACCUUUAACCAUUCCCUCUCUGACAAUAAUGCCUCCCUCCUAAUCCCAAUCCAAUCAAUUGCUAAAUCACUAACUCUAAAACAUCUCUCUAACCCAUCCCCUUAUCUCUACUCAGAUACUGCCAGAGAACAGAUCUUCAUCACCUCUGAAGUGGAUUGUUUUAAUAGCCACCUAUGUAUCUCCUCUUGUCUUUGCCUUUUCCCAUCCAGCCCCUCUAAAGCAUAGGUCCCUGUUGAAGAUGAUUUGGUAAUUCCAUAUUAUUUCUAGUGUAGAAAACAAACUCCUCUUGGGCAUUUAAAAUGCUGACUCCUCUCCACCUUUCCAGGCCAUCUUCCUAUGAUUCAACUUUUAUCUCUGUUCCAGAUAAACAGGGCUAUUCACCAUCAUCUAUGUGCCUCUGAACAAGCUAUUUCCCAUGCCUGCAAUGAUCUUCCAUGCAAGAUUUCCCAUAUGAUUUCUUUCCCAAUUCCUCCAAUUAAUAAGUGAUCUGUGAAUAUGUCAUUUCCCCCAAGUAGAAUGUAAGUCCUUUGAAGAGUGGGCACUAUUUCGUUUUUCUCUUCAUAUUUCCAGGGCUUGAUAUAUACAUAGUAGGCACUUGAUAAAUGCUUAUUUAAUUUAGUUAUAGAUGUAGAAACUAAGGAACAGAAAAACUUAUAAACAUAUCUGAGGCUAUAUAGCUAGCUCCUCGGAUGUCUGGGAAUGGAAGCUAAACCUUUAAUAUUUUUUGCCAUUAGACCAUGCUGCCUUGUAUUCAUUAAAGUGCUGAAAACUCAAAUCUAAA